AGAUCGAUGCAACAACCUACAGUUUGAUGCACAUAACUUUGAUGUUGUCCCAGUAAGACUGCUGUCUGCAAAAAAUCUAUUCUGAAAUAGAUAUGUUCGCAAAUAUUUCUGUGAAAAUGGCCUCCCACAGACAAUCAAACAUGGAAGCCCUGAUGGUUCAGCUGAUUGCUGAGCUUGACCUCAGUUCAAACACCGGGUUCACAAUGGACAAGCAAAAUCUUCAGGAUCUGCUGUCAACUGCCAAGCCUAAUGAAAUGGCGCAACUUCGACAAGCUCUUUUAGAAAAGCAGUCAGUCUCUGUGUCUGUGUUUCCAGAAUAAAGCCAUUUGAGGACCACAAGUUACUGCACUCUUUUGUAAAAGCCAUCAGACAACGGAAUGCACAGAGAGUGGCUGCUGAACAUGAAGCAACAGUGUCAAACAUUUUUAGUGACCAGAUAAUGCUUCCUGUAAAUGUUUUGUCUACGGCAGAACUACCCAGAGAUCUAGACCGCAACUGGCUGUGCAUACCAUGCCCUGAAGGCACUCGAUGCUUGCUGCUUGCAGCAGAUAAUACUACUCAUGCAUAUGACUUGGAUGGCAACCUUCUUUGUACACACGAUACACAUCUUCCAGCGGGAAGCUGUGCCAGAGUUUCUCAGGUAACAGAUCACUCAGUUUGCACAGUGUUGGACUGUCUCUACAAUGAGGAGCAGCAGAUCUACUAUGUUAUUGAUGUCCUCUGUUGGAAUGGGGAGUCAUUAUACAGACAAGAUACUCAGUACCGUCAUCACUACAUGCAUGAACAAAUGGCCAAAACAACUUCUCUUUUCAAAAUUUCACAGACAAAUCCUUACACAUUCCAUCCACUCACCAGUUGUUCAUGCAUGGCCCUGACCCUGGCUCGUGCUAUUGCCAAUGUUUCUUACCAGAUGACUGGCCUUCUGUUCUACCACAAAGAUGCAUGCUACACACCAGGCGUAACGCCUCUUGGUUGUUGGUUAGAAACUCACCUUAUUCAAUCUGUUCUUCCAGUCACACUGCACCAGUCCUUUUUGUAUCAGACACAGCAGGCAUUAAUUGCCACAACAUGCCAGGUUCAACAGAGAGAAUUCAGAAGGAGUCGUUAUGAAUGUCCGCAGUCUAUGUUUUGCUCAGAUUACUGGAAAAGGCAAUACUACAAAGAUAACCAUAAUUCUGAGUGGGACAGCUUUAAAAUGUCCAGUAUCAGUGGGCAAAGAUAUGGGUACAACAACUAUUGCCACAAUAAACCAACAGGCUUCAACAAGAGGAGACACAGAGUAAAAACCAAGAGAGGUGACUAUGACAGCGCAAAGCAGCAGAUUAUGGGGCAGGAAAUUGACAGCACACCAAACUGGGAUGAAUGGGACAGACAUGAUGUGAUGAUGUCUGUCAUCAUGGAAAAGAUCCCAGAAAGAUUUGCUGAGGACUGGAUAGGAGUUAUCUGCCCUGUUGCUAAACGAAGGAUAGUAGUAGCUUACAAUGGCUCUACAUGCAGCUACAACAAGCUUGGAGUGCUCGACCGAAAGUUUCAAUCUCGUCUACCUGGUGGAAACACGCUGUUCGUGCAAGUCAUCAAAAACAAUGACAUGUGCAUCCUGGACUGCCUUCAUCUGAAAGCCGAGAGAACUUUCUAUGUGCUUGAUGUUAUGCACUGGAAGCAGAUGCCUUACUAUGAGUCAGAGACAGAUUUUCGGUUUCACUGGAUCAAGGAUAAACUUGCAGAAAUUCCAUUAAACCUUGUGGAUGAACAGAAUGAGUACAUGUUCAAGAAUCUCUCACGAUUUCCUUGCACACAACAAGAUAUCAUGGAUGCCAUGAAGAAAACACGAUGGAAGGUUGAUGGCAUGCUCUUUUUUCACAAGACUGGCUGGUAUGUACCUGGUGUGUCUCCUUCUGUCCUUUGGCUCACCCCAGAAAACGUUGAACCUGUUUUAGGCCUUCAGCUACCUGAAAAUUUUAUGUUCCCCAAAAAGAAGAAGGAUGUUGCACCAUUAUCGUCUGCCAGCACAUCGCUUACUACCACUGUCAGUGGCUUGUACAAAGCAGAUGGUGACAGCAUGUCCAAUCCUAUUGUUAUUAGUGAAGAAGCCUAUGAGAACACAUCUGUUCCUGCUCCUGUUAGUGACAGCAGAAUGGUUUCUGAUGGUAAAAUAGCUGCUGACAAUGAAUCUGUUUCUGGUGUCACUGGGCAACUAUCAGAAAGCAGAGAAGAAUUGAAGAACACUGAAAGACAUCAUCCUGUUCCUUGAAUUUUUUUUUAUUAUUUGACUUUUUUCGUCCAGGCUAUGAGAUACACAUUCUUUCAUCCUAAGGAUAAGUUGUUUUUAUGUGAUAGGAAUGUGUUGUUCAGGCGAUUAAAAUAAUUUUGUGUGCAAGCAUACAAAUGCGGAGCCAAGAAUGGGUUAAGACUGCAUGACUGGUGCAUAAAAUACUUCGUGUUUACAAGUAUAAUUUGACAGAUCAUUUCAUCAACACUUCAAGUGAUAUCAUUUGAAACCUAAAACAGCAGUAUCUCCGUUCUUUUGCUGAGUUUUGCUUUUCCCUGGGACUUUAUUUUUGAACUUUUUCUUUUAUCAGCACAUUGUUGCCAAUUUGUCCAUUUCAAGUUUUGUCACCAGGCUGUUUUACUUUUAUUUAUCUGGCAAGAUCGCCAGCAACAAUAUGUUCAAUAAAGUUUAGCAAGCUGGGAAUAUAUGUUAUUAGCUGUGAGUGAUUAAUACAGGUUGAUUGUCGCAUAAUUUUUUCUUGCGUGUAAAGAGUAUAUACACAAAAUUUCAUUCUCAACUACCUGUGCGUGUUUCAGUAGGGGAGACCAACAUCCUUGCCUUAUUUCUUUGAAGGGAGAUAACCUCCCCUUCAAGAAGACUGCACAUGGUCACCCAUUUAUUUCACAAGUCAGUGGACAAGAAAUAUGUUUUAUUCUGCACCAUGUAGUCACAGACUAUCCCACUAACAGUGUUUUAAAUUUGUACUUUUGUCAACAACAAUAGGGAGGUGCAAAGAUACAGAUCACGGUUAGUGCCAUGAAGACGAUUAUAACUGGCAGCUUGGACAUAAUUAUGUUAUCUCUCCUCUUUUUUUUCUGUACAAAUAAUCACAUCCAGGGGAAAGGGGGGGGUCUAUUAUUACAUGAGGGGAGGCAGCACUGACAAAAACACUCGACGCACCUCUAUCACAAAUGUCGGGUUGUCUUAUCCACACGCAAACGCAGUAAACAGCAUUAUCACUGACAAACUUAAAGAUUUAUAUAUAUAUAUCACAUUUGCUGGGGAGUGGUAGGAAUUGCUCCCUUAUGGCUUCUAUCAGUAACUUUAUUGGCUUCUUAAUCAGCCAUAAAGCAUAACUCCACGCUAUACAUGGAAACAUACUUUGAGCCUAAAUGCCGGGAAGUGGUAGACAACGUCAUGAAAGGGGUUGCUGUAAGAGACUGGGCCUACCAGAAAGCUAGCACUGUUUCACUAUCAGCGGGCGCUACUUUGCCCUUACUUCCACCCCUGAGAAUGUACCUUCAUCCAAGACAUUAGUAGCGGAGAGAAAGGUUGAAGUCGGUGGUGGCAUGAUGAUACGAUGAGGAUAAUAACUGGAGGACUUGCAGCUUUCUGGGUCAUCUGUUGUCACAACACAAGAGUGCUGUCAAUAUAUUAUGCAGACAUGGAGGGACAAAAAUCAAUAGAUAUGGAGUCAGCAAGGCAAGGAAGAACAGGUGACAGGAUUGUAAGGUCUUCAGAAGGAGGAGACAACUCAAAGUUCAAGUGAGCAGAGGGGCAAACAAUAAAUACAAGACAGGAACCUGAGAAAGUAAUACAUGCUGCAGCGUAAAACAAUAUGUUCUGCUUAGAACAACGGAACAGAAUCAUCAAAUGGGGAGGGGCUGCAUUGUGAAGUGAACUGAGAAUAUGAAUAUAUUCUAUCUUCCUGUACAAAAAAAAAAA